GCCCACCUCGGCGGGGCUGACGAGCGCGGCAGCCGGGAGGGGACGCGGGCUGGGGCUGGGCGUCUGCGCCGCUCCCGCCCCUUGGCGUCGCCACCCCGCGGGAUUCGCAGCCGGAGCGGCCGCAGGGAGAUCGCCGACGCCGCGGCAGGAAAGUGAAUAGACUUCACUGAGGAUGUCUGAAAACCUUGACAAGUCCCAUAUAAACGAAGCAGGAGAGUCAAAGCCAAGUGACUCUGAGCAAGGCCUGGAAGGUGCUCUGGAAUGUUCCGAUGAAGCUUUACAGAAAAAAAUAAAGUCAGACUCACCUAGUCCCCAAAGAGUGGGAAGACCUCACUCUAGUCCUCCUCGGCUUGUCACUGUAGAGGAACUUCUAGAAACAGCGAAAGGAGUCACCAACAUGGCUCUAGCACACGAAAUUGUAGUGAACGGAGACUUCCGGAUUAAAGCUGUUGAAUUAGCAGAAGGCAGCUUGGAGAAGAGAGUAAAGGAGAUUGUACAUAAAGCAUUCUGGGACUGCUUGAGUGUUCAGCUAAGUGAAGACCCCCCAACAUAUGACCAUGCCAUCAAACUUGUAGGAGAGAUCAAAGAGACUCUGCUGUCUUUCCUGCUGCCUGGUCACACCAGACUAAAAGACCAGAUAACUGAGGUCUUGGAUCUGGAACUGAUAAAACAGGAAGCAGAGAAUGGGGCCCUAGACAUUUCCAAACUGGCAGAAUUCAUUAUUGGCAUGAUGGGGACAUUGUGCGCACCUGCUCGAGAUGAGGAAGUUAAAAAACUAAAGGACAUUAAGGAAAUAGUGCCUCUUUUCAGGGCAAUAUUUUCUGUGUUGGACCUAAUGAAAGUAGACAUGGCCAACUUUGCCAUCACCAGCAUUAGGCCACACCUCAUGCAGCAGUCAGUGGAAUAUGAGAGGAAGAAGUUUCAAGAGGUGUUGGAGAAGCAGCCGAACUCCCUGGACUUUGUCACCCAGUGGCUAGAGGAGGCCUCAAAUGACCUUUUAACUCAGAAGUACAAACAUGCCCUGCCAGCUGGGGGAGGGGCUGCUGGCUCUGGGGAUGCUCCAGCGCUGACCCCUGUUUCUGUCCAGAAUUAUGCCUACCUGAGGCUUCUCAAGUGGGACCACUUGCGGAGACCCUUCCCCGAGACGGUUUUGAUGGACCAGUCUCGUUUCCAAGAGCUCCAGCUGCAGCUGGAGCAGCUAGCCAUCCUGGGGGCUGUGCUGCUUGUCACUCUCGGCAGUGCCACACCUGGAAUAUCUGGCCAAGCUGACUUUGCUGAGAAACUCAAGAUGACAGUGAAGAUCCUGCUAAUGGACAUGCAUCUACCUUCCUUCCAUCUGGAGGAUGCUCUGACUUCCAUCGGGGAGAAAGUGUGCCUGGAGGUGAGCAGCUGCCUCUCCCUGUGUGGAUCCUCCCCCUUCUCCAUCAACAAGGAGACUGUGCUCAAGGGCCAGAUUCAGGCCCUGGCCAGUCCUGAAGACCCCAUUCGCAGGAUCGUGGAAUCCCGAAUUUUUACCUUCUUGGAGACAUACCUUGCAUCUGGUCAUCAGAAGCUAUUGCCUACAGUGCCAGGGGGAUUGGGUCCCAUUCAGAAAGAGCUGGAAGAAGUUGCAGUGAAAUUUGUGCGCCUGGUCAACUAUAACAAGAUGGUGUUCUGUCCUUACUACGAUGCAAUCCUCAGUAAGCUCCUCCUUCGUUCCUGAGGCACACAGCUAGCAUAGUGCUCCUCAUCUCCUCAGAACCCGCUCUCGCAGUG